AUGGCUAAGAAUGGUUCAACGCUGUUUAAAGGGGAGGAGAAAGGAUUUGACAAAAGAUAUUUCAGCGAUCCGGAGGAUCUUCCAGGACUGGCGCAUUUCUGCGAACAUAUGCUGUUCCUGGGCACGGAGCCAUUUCCGGAAGAGAACAGUUUCGAUACCUAUCUGACCGCCAACAGCGGCUUUUCCAAUGCCUUCACAGAGGCUGAGGACACCUGUUUCUUCUUCAGCUGUGGCACCUCCGCGCUGCGUGGCGCCCUGGAGCGCUUCGGCGCCUUCUUCCGCGCGCCGCUCUUCACGGAGAGCGCCACGGAGCGGGAGGUGAACGCCAUCAACAGUGAGCAUCUGAAAAAUGUGCCAAAUGAUGUCUUCCGCCUGGGUCAGGUUCUCAACAGCCGUGCAAAUCCAGCCCAUCCAUAUCACCGGUUCGGGACGGGAAAUAUCAAGACCUUGUUAGAGGACACUGCAGCCAAAGGCAUCAACUUGAGAGCUGAACUCUUGGCUUACUACCAGCGAUUUUACCGCGCCCCGUUGAUGACGCUUUGCAUCAUUGGCAAAGAGCCAUUGUCUGAGCUGCACAGCUAUGCUGAGCGCUUCUUUGGCGAGAUCCCCGGAGACUCAGGUGCAGUGGAGCCGGAGUCCAAGUAUUGGAAAGAUCCACUGUUCCUACCAGCUGCGUUUGACAAAGGUGUGGAAGUGGUUCCCAUUUCAGACGCGCUGUCCUUACAGGUGGGCUUCCCCAUCAGCUUCCGGCAGAGCAGCCACGUGGUGGCUGAGCAGGAGCCUCCAGCGGCUCCACCGGCAGAUGGUGCCGGGCCCCGGGUGCUGUUGAAACUUGUGGAGUUUGGUGAAAGCGCCUUGCUGGGCUGGGAUGAUCCGGCCAUGCGCCAAGGCAUGACAUUGGCGAGUUGGCGAUGGUACAAUCCCAGCUCUCAUGUAGGUGCUGUCCUGGGCCAUGAAGGAGCUCAGAGCCUCACUGCCUUACUGCGGGAACGAGGAUGGAUCACUGCACUGGAGACCGGCAGUGCGGACAACACCAGCACCUUUGCGAUGAUGCUGGUGGGCAUGGAGCUGACAGCGGAAGGCUUCAAAAAACAGGAUGAGAUCUUGAAGAUUCUCUUCGGGUACUUGAACUUCCUCAGGCAGCUGCCAGAAUUCCCCAAGGAGUCACUGGUGGAGAACCUGCGACUCUCGGAGUGCGGCUGGAUCACCCGUGAGGAGCCAGGACCACAAGAUGCAGCGGUGGAACUCUCUGGUGCUAUGCAGGAUUGGGCCUUUCCUCGUGAUUACGUCGCUGGGAACACGCGGCUACGAGAUGGGCCUGGUCUGAAAGGGACGGUGGAAGCCCUCUUGGCAAAUUUGCAGCCAAGCAAUGCGUUGGUCACGGCCGGGCACUCAGUAUGGCUGAUUCUUAGGGCAGUUGGGGCCAUGUUGCAGCAGCUGCAGGUGGUUUCGCGCAGUUGCAAGGGACCAGAGACGGAGAAGUGGUAUGGCACGCGCUAUGGCUUCAGAGACCUACAAUCUCUCAAGCAGCAGUGGCAGAGUGCCAAGGUCGCUCCUGGCCUAGGUGUGCCUCCUCCGAAUCCAUUCCUGCCCAGACAACUGGAGCUGAAGGCGCCUCGGCAACAGCCCGAUGGCUUAUCGAAGGCCUUCGAGGGACCCAGGCUGCGUCAGGAGGAUGACUGGAAGGCGUACUUUCGGCAAGACACUGAGUAUGGCGUGCCGAAGGCUUUCGUUUUCGUGGAACUACCCACAGCAAUCCUCUGCUGUGAUGGGAAGAAUGCCGUGGCUGCCCGGAUCUAUGAGGCGAUGUGCCUGGGCGCCUUGCAGGAGAAACUCCUUUAUGACGCACAGGUGGCAGGCCUCGCCUUUAACUUCUCGGUCUCUACGCGCGGAGUGCAGCUCUUCUUUGGUGGCUUCGACGACCGCCUGGCGGACUUUGCGUCGCAAGCCAUGGACGCGGUGCUGAGCUUUGAGCCAAACAGGGCACCCGGAGGCUUCGAAGUGCAAAAGGACAAACUUCGUCGAGAGCUGGAGUCGUUUGCGUCACAGCCUCCCAUCAGCCAAGCGGCUUAUUGGGCAGGUUUGGCUCUGGUGAUGCCGGAAUUCUCACUUGAGGAGCUGCAAAGAUCAGCAAAGGAGAUCCGGCUGUCCGACGUGGUGCAGUUCGCUUCCAAGCUCUGGGACUCGGCCCGGGGAGAGCUGAAGACCUCGCUCUGCUGGGGCAAUCUGCGACCUGCGGAGGGAGAUAUGCUGGUGGCCAAGCUUCGAGAACGGUUGAAGUCCCCGGGUACCACCGGAGAGGAGGCGCCACAGCCGCGAGUGGCGCAACUGCCAGUGACGCCUGUUGGACCAGGAGUUGCUCUGGUCCAUGAUGUUAUGGACAAACUCGAGGAGAACUCUGCGGUGGAAGUGCUGUUCCAAGGAGGCACCACCCGUGGAGGUGAUGCAGCAAAGCUCCAACGCUUGGCCGAGCUGCAGGUCUUGGCAUCGGUCAUGAGCGAUCAGUUCUAUGAGCAGCUUCGAACGAGGGAGCAGUUGGGCUACAUCGUCUCAUGCCGUGCAGACCGAAACGAAGGAGUUUUCGGCAUCGUCUUUGUGGUGCAGGGUGCCGCCAAGAGCGCGCUGGAGGCAUCAGUCCUGGGGCGGAUCGAUGCUUUCCUGGACACGGUGCCUGGGAUGUUGCGUGCCAAGACAGAGGCAGAGAUUACACAACUGGCAGACUCCCUGGCCCAGGCCCCUGUGUCUUGGAGGAACUCAACAUUUUGCUACGCGGCAAACAUGGCUUCCGCCAUGGCUUCCAUGGCUUCCAUGGCUCCGGUGGCUUCACCACUCCGUGAAUCUGUGCCCCGCGCCCCUGGCGCCCCUCGCAUCCUCCGCGUCCGUGACGGAAGCGGCAGAUCGCCACGGCUCACUGGGACCUCACAAGGGAGAGCCCCUGUGGCGCUGGUGGCUGGUGCACUUUCAGCUGCCAGGGUGGAAACCCGGAAGACAAAGGAGACCAAGGAGGAGACCAAGGAGGUCCAGGAGACUCCAACCUUCAAUUCCUGGAGAUACAAAGCAUCAUAUGUCUAUCCAUUCUCAGGAGGUAUUCAAGCUUAUGAUUACGAGCAGCCAAAGGAGCGCUAUCCAAUCGACUUUUUGCGGGCAGGAUACUUUCUGUUUCUGCACGUUGUUGCCUUCACAUGUGGACCUUCGACUUUUUCGUUGCCCGCUCUUGGACUAUGUUUGUCUCUGUUUGUAGUGCUGCAAACACUGGGAAUUUCUUUGUCUUACCAUCGGCAUUUGACCCAUCGCAGCUUUCAGUGCCACAAGUACUUUGAGUAUUUUAUUGCUUGGUGCGGUGUCCUCAACAUGCAGGGCAACCCCAUUUGGUGGGCCAUGAAUCACACCUGGCAUCACCGGUUUUCAGAUACGCCAUUGGAUCCCCACACGCCAAGGGAAGGACUCUGGACGGCGCAUGCCGGAUGGUUCUUCGAGAAGGAACGGGUCUUGUCCAAGAUGCCGGAGGCGAUCGUGGCAUCUCACAACAACGAGACCGAAGAUUCGAGCGCUGAGAGUUGGAAUCUCAUCCCGUGGUUCUACAAGGAAUCGCCGGAAUUUUAUGAUUGGUUACGACAGACCUACUACUUUCAUCAGAUUGGUCAGGUCUUGGCUUUGUUUUGCUUGGGCCAAGUAGCUGGAAAUGGAUGGAGCUUUGUGGUGUGGGGCUUUGUGAUUCGAUUGCUCUUGGGCAUCCAUGGCGUUUCGGCCGUGAACUCCUUUGCGCAUGUCUGGGGUGAGAAACCUUUCAAGACAGGCGACGACUCGCGGAACAACGCGUGGGUGGCGAUGGUUUCCUCGGGCGAGGGCUGGCACAACAACCACCACGCCUUUCCACGCUCGGCCAGGCACGGCCUGUUCCCGGGGCAGUUCGAUCUGACCUACGUCCUCGUGGAGUUGCUGGAGAAGAUUGGGGUGGUUUGGGAUUUGCAACUGCCAAGCGAUGCCCAAAUCAAAGCAAAACUCGAUGCUUCCAAAUGAGACGAAGAUGUCACUAACUUUUCAUCUGAAGCUGCCUGUCACCAACUUCUCUUUUUCGAAGAAGAAAUUCUUGAGAACUUGAGGAUGAGACUAUGGAACCUGAAAAUUGAAGAUGUUUGAAGUUGUGUAUCUGGCAGCAGAUGAAGCGUAUCCAGCUCAGGGGAGCUGGCAAAAAGAGCGGAGCUAACGAGUUCCACACUCUUUUUUAAACAUCUCAGUGGCGUGAAACUGGCUGCAUAGAUCUGAGGGCAG